AUGAUAAAGAAAUGCCGAGAAACCUUUCCGCAUUGCCAGGUUUUUUGUUUCCAUAAAUUACUAACGUCCUUAUUAGAAGCCGAAGGGAAGAAAGUAUUUUGGGUAGAUGCAACAUUCAAAGCUGUAGAUUUGAAUCUAAAUAUUAGUAAUGUUCCUGAAUGUAUCACAUGGCAACGAUUUUGGAAGGCGAAAGAUAAUUCAAGCAAUAUAGAGAAAUUUCGAUUGUUAAAGAUUGGGAAUCAGACGGUGACUGGAAGGUCUAUCAAUGAAUUGGUUGAGUAUGAAGUUUUGGAGAAAGGAGAUCGACUUUUGAGUUUGAUUCCUUCUUCUGUAGCUGAUGAACUCUUUGAUAAUCAAAACUUCGAGGCAAUUGGUAUAUUAUGGCAAGAGAUAUGUGGUGAACACGAGCGCGAUUUUUUCUAUACAUCGCCAGAAGAUGCCAAAGGGAUAGGAGUUGACAAUGAUUCUAUUAUUUGCGAACCAUUCAGGGUAUGA